AUGUCAGACGAGGCAGACCCUUCCUUGGACGACGGGUUCGAUGAUGCCAAUAUUCCCACAGGGUCCGGUGACGCAGGUCAUGACAACAAGCACCCAAUGGUUGCCGGGCAAGACGAGGAACCAAUUAUAAAUGGAGCUGGAAGCAGACUGAAUGAAAAUUGCAGAUUAAUGGUUGGAGAUACCCCAGCUGGAGAAUUCCAGGGAGAAGCAUUCGCUAGUUCUGGUAGUUUUUCUGCGGCCAGCUUUCGUACCGAUAAUCAGCUUCUGGCAUCGGCUGACCUCCCAGAAGCCAAGCUGCUGGACAAGGCAGAAGUGAGAAAAUCAAUCCUGAAAGGCAGAAGUGAAUUGUCCAAGUCUAGACAGAAAAAUCAUGCUCUCAAGGCGGCGGAUCAGGGAGCCAGCUCCCUCCAUUCCCCUUUUGGCUUUCAGCCAGGAACCAAAGCCCAUGCUGCUGUCAAUCGAAAGGUAGCUUCUGCCCACGGCACGACCAACAAUAAGCAAAAACCCUCCCGCUCCCUUUCGCAUGACGACCUUGGGAAUCAUCGACUGACAACCUCCAAAAAAGUAGGAGACGAAGAAAACAAUAUUAAAGUGACUCCUCUGGCGGGGGCUCUAGCCACCCCACGGUCCAAGGGCAAAAAAGUUUUGAGUACAGCAGAUUUGCGAGGUAAUCAGGGAGCUGCGCAAUUGCCAGCAUUUGUGACUCCAAGGAGAGAUGCAAAAGGCAAAAGGCUCAAUGUAGAUGCUGCAGCCAUGUUCGCAAGCAGUGGCACAAAAAAUAUUCCCAAACGAACCAAAAGUGCGCAGGCUUCAUCAUCAAGACGACACUCUACAGCUACCAGUAGCAAAGGUCUUCCACCAAAGGUCAUCUCUUUGGAUGGAACCCCGAGCAAGGAGGACGUUGCUCUUGCAGCACAGCCGCCGUCCCUGUCGAACGCUCGCGCCCACAGUCUAGGCGAUAUGCCAUGGGAUCAAUCGAGUGGGUCUUCCAUUUUUAAUGGAGAAAAAAGUUUGCAAGGAUUCCAUGCAUCCGAAAUGACAAUCAAUACGAAAAAGGCAUGGGAUGCACUGGGCCCCCCACCAGACGAACAUGAAGCCUCAAUCUCCAUUCUAGAUGUUGAAAAGGCCCGCCCCGAAACAUCCGGUCACAACAGCGUUAGUAGCAAACGUAGUUCCAGCCGACAGGGUUCGAGCAGAAGCUUUGGUACCGGUGCAGGUGCUGGGAGCGCCAGUCUACUGGAUACAGU